AUGGCGCUACCGAUUAGCAUCACGAACCCGACACCGCGGGACUGGGCGCUGUUUUCAAUCUACCUGGUUGUGUUCAUCGAUAUGAUGGCGACUGCACUCACGAUUCCCGUUAUGCCUUACUACGUCACAGCCGUGUGCGGAUGCGUGGACGGAGAGUGCAGCGAUCACAUCUGUGCCAAGCUGGGAGGCUCAGCUCCAUCCCUCGGCUACCUCUACUCGUCGUUCGGCAUUGCUCAGCUGCUCUCCAAUGGCUGGAUGGGCCCACUGAGCGACAGGAUUGGCCGUCGCAAAAUCCUGACCGUGACUCUGGGAGGCGCGAUGGUCGGAAUGCUGGGGUCGUCCUUCGCGCCUUCGUAUUUGCUGCUGCUUGCCUCUCGCGUCUUCAUCGGGGCGUGCUCAGGUACGAUGUCUGCGUGCAACGCGUACAUCGCGGACAUCACCGCGCCUGCCGAACGACCGGCGCUGAUGGCAAACGUGGGAACCCUCGUCCAGUUCUGUUUCAUGUUUGGACCGGGGGUGGGUGCUGGCCUUGCGCAGAUGGACAAACGGGCGCCAUUUUGGGUCGGGGCGGGCACAUCGCUGUUUGCACUCGUGAUGGCCACGGUCUCGCUCAAGCCGCCAGAGGAGGUGUUCUCCUACGAAAAGAAGGACGACGACGGCCCCUCCUCUGCAGCGUCCAAGUCCCCCACGAGCGGCAGCCGGACCAACUGGCCACUCAUUGGCAUCCUCGCGGCAGGCACACUGAUGAUGUCGAUCGCUGGCGCUUCGCUCAUGACGUGCAACGCCCUCUUUCUGCAAGCGAUCUAUGGCUUUGGCUCCCUCGAGUACGGCUUUGUCAUGAUGUACUCAGCGGUGGUGUCCAUCCUCGUCCGCUCGUUCCUCUUCAACCGCGUCCAGCAGUCGCUUGGGCUGAUGCGCACCGCGUCGGUGGGCUGUGCCAUGCAGACCGUCUGUUUUGCAGGGUACUCGCUGCUGCCAAAGGUCGAGCCCGGGGGCUCUGUCAUUGGCCCCAGUCUGUACGUCUACGUCGCCUUCUCCACUCUGAGCGCAAUCGGCUCCGCGUUCUCCGCAGCAGCGGUCACGCCCUUCUUCAGCCAGCUCGCCAACCGAUCCAACAUGGGACGCGUGAUGUCCAUCGCCUCGAUGAUGAACUCUGCCGGUCGCGUCGUCGGCCCGCCCUUGUUUGGCACGCUCUUUGCCCUCAACGUUCGGGUUCCGUACCGGGUGGCGGCAAUGUGUGUGUGCGUUGGGGGCGUGGUGUACUACUCCGUGCAGGUCCUCCACACGAGAGCGACGCAGCCUGUGAAGCCUCUGGCUGACGCAGACUCUCUUGAGGGCCCCGCGGCGCUUGCCCGCAUGCCAUCGAUCGACGUCGGCUUUGCGCGGCUCGCCGAGGCUGUGCGAUUGGCGGCGGUGAGCCGCGGGUACGACAUGCGAUCACCGGAGGUGGUCGCGGGUCUGAUCGAGGCCAUCGAGGCUGCCAUGCCUCCGUGCUGCGCGGAGGACGGAACGCUGGAGAGCGGCGUGGCGUCCUCUGCGCUCGGGAGCGACGACUUGGAGCGGAGGGCGCGUGCCACGGCGGCAGGGGUGCACAUAAUGCGCGCGUCUGCGGCCAGCUGA